UCCUCAGAGCUGCUGCUUUGGAGAGGAACAUGGCGACGUCCCUGAUUUGCGGCCGGUUGUCCGCUGGACUGAGACAUUCUGGGUCCCGGACGACUUUAAACUCGGCGGCCAAGAUACUCGCUGGGACGUCGGGGUUGUUCAGUAACCAUGGCAACCAGCCGUCGGCACUGGUGCAGGGGCAGCAGAGGAGGAACCUGUCUCUGCACGAGUACAUGAGCAUCGGGCUGCUAAAGGAGGCGGGCAUCUCGGUGCCCACGGGUUUGGUGGCCAGCACGCCAGAGGAGGCCUACAGUGUGGCCAAGGUGAUCGGCUCUAAAGACCUGGUGGUAAAGGCACAGGUGUUGGCUGGUGGCAGAGGUAAAGGGACGUUUGAGGGCGGCUUGAAAGGAGGAGUCAAAAUCGUUUACUCGCCAGAGGAAGUGAGGGACAUCUCCUCACAGAUGAUUGGCAGGAAGCUCUUUACGAAGCAAACGGGGGAGGCGGGACGGAUCUGUAACCAAGUGUUCAUCUGUGAGCGCCGCUACCCCCGCAGAGAGUAUUACUUUGCCAUCACCAUGGAGAGGUCUUUUCAGGGCCCCGUGCUGAUUGGCAGCUCUCAGGGGGGUGUGAACAUCGAGGAUGUGGCGGCUGAGAAUCCGGACGCCAUCGUGAAAGAGCCAGUUGACAUCGUGGAGGGUAUUAAGAUGGAGCAAGCAAUAAAGGUAGCGAAGAAGAUGGGUUUCCCUGAAGCUUUGGUAAACGAAGCUGCAGAAAACAUGAUCAGACUUUAUAACCUUUUCAUUAAAUACGACGCAUCCAUGUUGGAGAUCAACCCAAUGGUGGAAGACUCCUCUGGCAUCGUAAUGUGCAUGGAUGCCAAGAUCAACUUCGACUCAAAUGCCGCCUACAGACAGAAGAAAGUGUUUGAGAUGCGGGACUGGAGCCAGGAGGACCCCAGAGACAGACAGGCAGCUAAAGCCGACCUCAACUACAUCGGCCUGGACGGCACCAUCGGCUGCCUGGUCAAUGGGGCGGGGCUUGCGAUGGCAACUAUGGAUAUCAUCAAACUACAUGGUGGAAUUCCUGCCAACUUCCUGGACGUAGGGGGUGGAGCCACAGCAAGCCAGGUGACGGAAGCCUUCAAGCUUAUCACUUCGGACAAAAAGGUGCAGGCCAUCCUGGUCAACAUUUUUGGAGGAAUUAUGAGGUGUGAUGUGAUUGCUCAGGGCAUCAUCAUGGCCGUCACCGACUUGGAUCUGAAAAUUCCCAUCGUAGUGCGGUUACAAGGAACCAGAGUGGACGACGCCAAGGCGCUGAUUGCUGCCAGCCCUCUGAAGAUCCUGGCCUGCGAUGACCUGGAUGAGGCAGCUAAGAUGGUUGUAAAGCUUUCUGAAAUCGUAUCGCUGGCCAAAGAGGCCCAGGUGGACGUCAAAUUUCAGCUGCCCAUCUAAAAAGCUCCCACCCGAGAGGCACAUUUACAAAGUCGCACUUCUGUUCCAACCACAUCCUUCCCAGACCAGGGUUUUAAACCAUGAACUGAGAUCUCGGCCCCCGAGUCCCACAACUCCCCCGACGCUGCGUGUUCCAGCUUGUGUCUAUGGUUCAUAUCUGAACCUCCAGCCUGUAGUCACACGUUACUGCCAUCUCCUGUGCUCCAUCAGUGCUUCCAGAUUGUAAGAACACUCUGUUCUGUAGUUGGUGAGCGGCAGACCGAUCAUCCCAUGUAACCAGCCCACAACUAGAUUAGACUGGUUGUCUUGGUUACUCUGAUUAGAACAGGUCAUUGUUACUGUUAGUUUUAUUUUUGUUUCUUUUUAUGUGUUGUUGACAUUUUCUUUCCCUCUCUAUUACUAAGGCGGACCUAUUUAUGCAGGACUAUAUUGAUAUUGCAGAAAUUUACAUUGAGGCGAAGCCUGUUAAAUGUAAUAUGUGUUUGACACUGGUUCUGUAUCUCGGUACAAACACACACACACAAACACUUACACUUGCAGAGUCUUGUUAAAAUGAUAGCUUCGUUCUCUUUCUCGCUCCCUUGUCUGUUGUCCCACUGGGUGCAUGUGUAGUUGGAGUAGGGCUGUCUUUCCUUCAGCCUGCGUUUUUGCGAAGAGCAUGGCACUGUUUCCCACCCUCAGAAACGCACAAACUUUAGGGGAACCUGUGUUAUUUGAGUUGUGUUCUUCAUUUGCGAGCUGCCGAUUAGCAAGCCGAGUUAAACGAUGUUCCUGUAAAAAGUGCAGAAAUGGUGACACUGAUGAUGUCCCUGUGGGCUCGAGUUGUCACCUCCUGUAAACUCCCUGAACCUACACCUUCAGAACUAGUCUUCAGCAACGUCAAGAACCACCUACUGAAGCUUUAAUUGGUUUGUUUAGUUUGUCAUUGAUUAUAAACAUGGCAAUCAAAAGCCCGUGUUGCUGGCUCAUGAUGGGGGGAAGGAAUUUCUGCACUCUUGAGGCAUGUAAAAGAAAUAAACUGCACUUGAAUAAAUGUCUAUUUACCACAGAACUGAUGAAAUAAGUUGUUUAAUGUUACUUCAAGGACAUCGAUGUAUUUAAAUGGAACAUUUUCCAGUACAUGCAUUACAAUAAAAAUUAUGCUCAUAAAGGCUUA